GAAUAAGGACAGCACGCAUGUGCCGUCAACCCGGAUGUAGAAUUUGUACGAUUCGCUUCCCCCAUUUGAUUAUUUUAUUUGACAUUGUUGCUAACUGUGUCAAAAAUAGAACACGUAGUCCUUUUAUGGCAUGCUUGAACCGGUCUAGACCGGGAUAGACAGAAGUGUCGCGUGAACUGUCACAGCUGACAGCAGUGGUAGGUCUACUGACGCUUGGCAGUACUGUAAACAUAACAAACCUUGGUUUUGAGGCUGUAGGCUCCGAUUUUGUUAUUACUUUAGUUGAAUGCUUCAUAAUACGAUUUAAAUAAUUUUAGCCUACAAAUUAUGUAUUAGCUAAUUCAGGUUAGGCCUAAAUAAUAGGGAAUAGGAUAACCUGUACUAGCAGGUUUAUUAGCCUUCAGCCAAACUCGGGCUAAUGCUUGGCUAUCACUAAUUUGAUUGGAGAAAAAAAACGGAGUUUUGUUUUUAUUUCCAUAGAAAAUAUAACUCAGAAGACCUGUCAUCUGUCAAAGUGGCGUCUAGAAUGGACUUCCGCGGUAGAAAGUAUGAGCGGGGCAGCAACUGGUCCGAUCCAGAGGUGGCCGAACUCCUCCAGCUGUGGUCAGAUGAGUCGGUCCAACUCGAGCUGGAAAGUUGCCUCCGGAAUCAACAUGUAUUUAACCGAAUAGCGGACGUCCUGCGGGAGAACGGUAUCUAUCGCACUGGCGACCAGUGCAGGGAGAAGAUAAAAAAGAUGAAGCUGGAGUACCGCCGCAUCAAGGACAACCACAGGAUGAUACGCGGCGGGAGGUCGUGGAAGUUUUAUGAUGUUAUGGACCGGGUCUUAACGAAUCGACCGGCCAUAUCCUACUCCUCAUUGGGCGGUGCCGUUAUAGCCCACCAAGUCCUCCAGAGCCCGCCUAGUGGGGCAGACGCAUACAUCCAUGGUCUGCCAGGUGGUGCCUUUGGUUCCACUGCUUCGGGCGGGUUCUUGUUUGGUCAUCCGCCCAGGCUGGGGGAGCUGCUUGAGAUCAAAUGCGAGCAUGCAGAGUCCGAGGACGGAUUGCUGAACUCCGAUGCUGCGCCCCCAGAGCUACUGUACCAUACCGGGUCUGGAGAUGAGCAUGACACUGAUGGGAAGUCUGCCGGGCUGGAUCAAGAGGAUCCGGUCGAGAUGGCGCGAGGAGAGCGCACGACGAGCGCGCGAUUCUCUCCUUCAGGUUUCAGUGAUCAGAACCAGGCUGGGUCCUCAGGCACAGGGGCCUCCAUUGCUGGUCCUGAUGGCCGGGACACAGGGAACCAGCGUGACCCAGAGUGUUCCCGACCUGCAGCCCCUGUGAGGCAAAGGAAGCGUCGACGUGCAGGUAGAGGGGCUGGUGGGGGAGGAGGGGGUGGAUGUGGGGGCCGGGGGCCCCUGGAUGAGGCCUUGGUCAGCUUCCUAAGCUGGCAGCGGUCUGCCGAGGAGCGGCUCAUCUCCCUGGAGGAGGCACGGCUGGAGAGGGAGGCGCAGGCGGAGGAGAGGCGAGAGCAGCAGGAGGAGAGGAGGGCGGAGCAGGAGAGACAGCAUGAGCUCCGUCUGUUCAGCAUGUUCGCUGGGGCCCUGGCCGCUGUCAGACAGACUGCCCCUACUGCUCCACCGUUUGCUCCUACUUUCUCUACUGACUCAACUGUACCUUCUGCCACUUCUGGACACACCGCUAUACUUAACGCCCUAUCUGCCCCAGCUACUUCGUCUGUCCCAUUUGGCUGUCCUGCCCCAACUACAGAACCACCACCAUCCAUCCCAGCCCGUUGCCCCACUAAACCUGAGAGUAUACUGGCCACACUAAGUGGUGCAGAGACCCCUGGCCACAGUGUGUACCUGUCUCGCCGUGGCAACUCCAUUAGACAGCACCAGGGCAUUCUACAGGAGGGCUACACCCAGUACCACGCUGACAAAUACCAGCACACUGACAACCCCAAUGGCAUCAUCAACAUGGGCACCAGUGAGAACAAGCUGUGCUAUGAUCUGCUGCACAAACGGAUGACCCAGCCUGACAUGCUUCAUAUCGACCCAGCCUUGCUGCAGUAUCCUGACUGGAAAGGCCACCGCUUUCUGAGAGAAGAGGUGUCCAGGUUCCUGUCCCACUACUGUGGUUCGCCCAGGCCACUGAGAGCAGACAAUGUUGUGGUGAUGAAUGGCUGUGGCUCCCUCUUCUCAUCCAUAGCCGCAGUGCUUUGUGACCCGGAAGAUGCAAUCCUCAUUCCAACUCCAUUCUAUGGAGUGAUCACUGAGGAUGUGCAUCUGUACAGCGGUGUUCGGCUCUUCCAUGUUCAUCUCGACUGUGAGCCUAGUGGCAGUGGCAGUCGGCCUUUCCACCUCACUGUGGACAAACUGGAGGAAGCUAUGAGGAAGGCGAUUAGCGAGGGGUUGAAUGUGCGGGCCGUGGUCCUGGUGAACCCCCAUAACCCCCUGGCUGAUGUCUACUCCCCUCAGGAGAUGACUGGCUUUCUGGAGUUUGCCAAGAGGCAUAAGUUGCACGCCAUUGUAGAUGAGGUGUACAUGCUGACAGUGUUUGAAGACACAGUAACCUUCCACAGCGUCCUCAGCAUGGACAGCCUGCCGGACCCCCAGAGAACACAUGUGAUGUGGGGGAUGAGCAAGGACUUUGCGAUGGCAGGAGUGCGUGUGGGCACUGUGUACUCUGAUAACAGGGACUUGGUGGAAGCUCUGGAUAAACUGGGGAUGUUCCAUGGUGUCCCUGGUCCCAUACAGCACCAGAUGGCAAUCCUGCUCCAGGACAAAGAUUGGAUCAAUGGGAAGUUUCUUCCAGAGAACAGGCUGAGAAUGCAGGCAGCUCACAGGUACAUGACAGGGGAGCUACAGAGCCUGGGAGUCCCCUACCUCCACCGGCCUGCUGGCUUCUACAUCUGGGCUGACCUCAGGAAGUACCUGCAUGAGCCGUCGUUUGUGGAGGAACUGUCCCUGUGGAGGUGUUUCCUCAGACACAAGGUGGUGCUGAGCUGUGGCCAAGCCUUCCACUGCUCCACUCCCGGCUGGUUCCGCAUUGUCUUCACCGACCGACAGCAACACCUUACGCUCGGCAUGCAGAGGAUCAGGAGGGCCUUGGAGGAGAUAGAUGGGGCCACAUCCACCCUUGACACGGGCACAACCAACGAGGCCACAGAGGAGAAAGGGACAGCGAAGACAACACAGGGGGACACAACAGACGCACACAAACCUCUUGCUGUUAAGUCAACAUCCUUGUCCAAGAACAGAUCAUCAGAAGAGCCAGAGGAGAAGGAUAAUAACGUCCCUGAUGCCAUCCCAUUGGUCAGUGAAGACUUUGUCUUGCUUAACUGCCAGACGUCCCACCCCACAGAAAGUCUGGACUCCCUGAUUGGUGCUCUGAGGCAACAGAUCCACACCUCUGAUUGGCUGGAGAAGAACACUCCGGAACUGUCUGCUGGGGAGGACCCAGAGCUUCUGGAUGUGUUCAAAGACCUGCUGGACAGAGCCAGAAAGUAGAGGAGAGGAGGGGAUGGAGAGGAGAGGAGGGGAUGGAGAGGAAAGGAGGGGAUGGAGA